GGAUAGUGUCUUUUCUGAUCGAUGGACCUAUUGGCAUGUUUUAGUCACUCAUUUGAGCAAUACAUCUUUUGAGACGCCGAAAACUUGUUCCACUGCUGUGAUGAUGCUGAAUGUGUUGUUUCUUGCUCUUAAUCUCUGUCGCACUUGUUUGUCGUCUCGCAGAAUUGUUGAAGGGCGAUGCUGUCUUCGCAGUGGCCAUAUUUUACGACACAUCAAGCCGGUCGACAACAGUAUGCGGUCCCCAUCUCUUUAUACAACUCGCCCAACCCCUCAAGGUAUCAAUAGCGUCAACCUUGAUCGUCUCAUUAAGGUCCCGGCCAAGGCUGUCAAGGUGCGUGUCGCCAAAUGCCUCGAUUCAUCAACUCCCUAUCGACGGACUUCCACUCUUUGCAACCUUGCUUCAUACCCCUCCAUCCUCUGACCGCUUCUAU